CUCAUUCUCAUCUCAUCUCUCUAUAUGCUGCUGCCUAGACACAAUCUCCGCCGCUGGAACCGUUUCCAAACCUCCUUUCCGUCAACUCCCAUGCAUCUCAUCCACGUCGGUGUAUAGAUAUAUAUAUAGAUAAUAGAUAUAGAUUAGACAGAUAAUACAUAUAGGAGUUUCUGUAAUACUUCUCCAAUUUGAAGAACAACGAAGAAAUCUGCGAGAGUUUUGAUCGGAGUUAUGGUUUUGAGUGUGGAGUAAAGAGGGGGCAAGCAGCCAGGUCUGUGAAAAGCUUUUGACUGGUGCAUUUGCACCAGAAGAUGUUUUCUGUCUUCAAUUACUGAUCUUGAAUACUGAUGCAGUGUGGAUAUAUAUACUUGUAUUAAUUGGGAGUUGGUGUGCAGAAUCUGCCUGAAUCAACUAGGGAUUAUCACGGUCGAGGAUCAGUUUUCUAUUAUUUGGGUCUAUAUUUGAGAAUCUUGCUACGUUUGGAAUUGGGAAAAAAUAAGUUCUUGUCUGGUAGAAUUGGAUAUUCGUCCAGUCACUGCUGGUCAUUCUUCAGCAGGCAUACAGUCAGAGUCUACUUUACCCUACCUUAAAUGUACGGGUAAAGUGGCAUAAGUAUACCUUGUCUUCUUGCAUUGAUCAUUUGCUGGUUAAUAAGUGCGAGAAACGGAUAUGAGUCGGAGGGUGCGAAGGAAAUUGGCAAGACGACCACCCAAAGAUGCCGAUGGGAUUUCGGAGGUUGAUGAAAACAAUAGUAUUCUAGAUGAGAGAGGGGUGUUCAAUUGGACUAGUUUGCCUGAUGAUACUGUAAUUCAGCUAUUUUCUUCUAUGAAUCUUCGUGAUAGGGCAAGCCUGUCAUCAACAUGCCGGUCUUUAAGAGCUUUGAGUAUUUCUCGGUGUUUAUGGAAGCAUUUGGACCUUCGUUCAUAUAAGUUUGAUCCUUCCACUGCUACUUCUCUUGCUUCCAGGUGUGUGGAUCUUCAAAAGCUUCGGUUUCGCAGUUCCGAAUCUGCAGAUGCAGUUAUACACCUUAAGGCGAGGGAUUUGCGUGAGAUAAGCGGAGAAUAUUGCAGAAAGAUUACAGAUGCCACACUUGCUAUGAUUGUGGCUAGACAUGAAACUCUAGAAAGUUUGCAGCUCGGCCCAGAUUUUUGUGAAAGGAUUAGCAGUAGUGCCAUAAAAGCUAUUGCCGCUUGUUGUCCUCUUCUGCGUAAGCUCAGACUUUCCGGUGUACGUGACGUGGACGGGGAUGCCAUCAAUGCUUUGGCUAAGCAUUGCAAAAACUUAAUUGAGAUUGGGUUUAUUGACUGUCUUAAUGUGGAUGAGGCAGGGUUAGGGAAGGUUUUAUCCCUUAAGUUCCUCUCGGUUGCAGGAACAACUAAUAUGAAAUGGAAUUUGGCUUCACAGCAUUGGAGUGAGCUGCCAAACUUGACGGGUUUGGAUGUUUCUAGAACAGAUAUCACCCAUAGCGCGGUUGAGAGACUGUUUUCUUGCUCGACAAGCUUGACGGUUUUAUGUGCUUUGUAUUGCCCGGGGUUUGAUCAAAAUGCCAACUUUGUCCCCUCCAGUAGAAAAGGCAAACUGCUACUUUCUUUUUGGACGGACAUUUUUAAAGAGUUGGCUUCCUUAUUUGUCGACACUAUUAUAAAAAAGAAAGAGAGGGAUGUUUUUUUUGAAUGGAGAGAAUUAAGGACCAAAAGAGGGAAGCGAGAGGAGAUUAUGAAUUGGGUUGAAUGGAUCCUCUCGCAUUCUCUUUUGCGUGUUGCUGAGAUUAAUCCCCAAGGUUUGGAUGUAUUCUGGCUCAAUCAAGGUGCACAUCUGUUUCUCAGUUUGACCCAAAGCACACAAGAAGAAGUUCAGGAAAGGGCUGCAACUGGCCUAGCAACGUUUGUAGUAAUUGACGAUGAAAAUGCUAAUGUUGACAGUGGAAGGGCCGAAGCAGUUAUGCCAGGUGGCGGGAUUCGGCUUCUCUUGAACCUUGCAAGAUGUUGGCAGGAGGGGAUCCAAUCAGAAGCUGCAAAGGCUAUAGCAAAUUUAUCUAUGAAUGCCAAUGUUGCAAAAGCUGUUGCAGAGGAGGGGGGUAUAAGUAUCCUCACGAAUCUGGCAAGGUCUGCAAAUAGAUUGGUUGCUGAAGAAGCAGCCGGAGGACUUUGGAAUCUCUCCGUUGGGGAAGGGCAUAAGGCUUCAAUUGCUGAAACUGGUGGUUUAAAAGCUUUAGUGGAUCUUAUCUUCAGAUGGUCAUCAAAUGGUGGUGAGGGAGUUCUGGAAAGAGCUGCUGGUGCCUUAGCAAACCUUGCAGCUGAUGAUAAAUGUAGCCUGGGGAUUGCCUCAGUAGGUGGCGUACAUGCACUGGUUACACUAGCUCAAAACUGCAGCGUUGAAGGAGUGCAAGAACAGGCAGCUCGUGCUUUGGCAAAUCUGGCUGCUCAUGGAGAUAGCAACUGCAACAAUGCUUUUGUUGGACAAGAAGACGGAGCUCUCGAAGCCCUUGUUCAGCUUACCCGUUCUCCUCAUGAUGGUGUCAGGCAAGAAGCUGCUGGAGCAUUGUGGAACCUGUCAUUUGAUGAUAGGAACCGAGAAGCAAUUGCUGCAACGGGUGGUGUUGAAGCUUUAGUUGCUCUUGCGAAAUCGUGUUCAGAUGCCUCUCCUGCCCUCCAGGAGAGAGCAGCUGGUGCUUUAUGGGGCAUGUCUGUCUCAGAGACAAAUAGUAUUGCUAUUGGAAGAGAAGGUGGCGUAGCGCCGCUUAUAGCAUUGGCGAGAUCUGAAGCUGAGGAUGUCCAUGAGACAGCAGCUGGAGCUCUUUGGAAUCUUGCCUUUAAUUCUGGCAAUGCUCUUCGAAUUGUAGAGGAAGGGGGUGUUCCUGCCCUAGUUCAUCUUUGCUCUACUUCUGUCUCUAAAAUGGCACGAUUCAUGGCUUCAUUGGCUUUGGCGUAUUUGUUUGACGGAAGAAUGGAUGAAGUAGCACUAAUAGGGAGCUGCUCAUCAGAGAACAACUCAAAGAGUGUGAAUUUGCAUGGGGCAAAAAGAAUGGCUUUGAAGCACAUUGAAGCUUUUGUGCUUGCCUUCUCUGAUCCGCAAUCUUUCUCUGCUGCUGCUGCUUCAUCCUCCCCUACAGCUUUGUCUCAAGUAACUGAAUCUGUGCGCAUUCAUGAGGCUGGCCAUCUUCGAUGCAGUGGAGCUGAGAUUGGGAGAUUUGUUAAAAUGCUUCAAAAUCCAUCUUCUAUUCUCAAGGCAUGUGCGGCAUUUGCUCUUCUUCAGUUCACGGUUCCAAGUGGACGGCAUGCGAUGCAUCACGUGAGCCUAUUGCAAAGCCCGGGCGCGUCGCGUAUAUUGCGUGCAGCGGCAGCGUCGGCAAGUGCCCCACUCGAAGCCAAAAUAUUUGCGAGAAUUGUAUUGCGCAACUUGGAGCACCAUCAGACCGACUCUUCCUUGAAAUAGUAGCUGCUACAUGUUAGUCUCCCCACCCCUCUCCCUCAAAUUAUAUAUGUGUUGUGCAUUGUUUGUUUUUUGUGUUUGCUUAUGUAUAUUGGUACCUUUAAUGCCCACCAACUGUUGGCUUGGAGCGUUGUUUGUAUCUAUUUUAGGUAGAGUUGUGACAUAGAAUGACAUCAUCGUGGGAAGACAUUGUGGUACUGGUACAUAGCCCAGUUCCUUGAGUUUUUUUCAUGGUUUAUCCUAUAAAGUAUAAACACUCUUUUUUUAGACUAGCAACUGUUGGUUUCCUUGUAGUGCUGCUUACAGUGUUUUACAUAUCAGCCAGUUCAUAAAGUUUCUUCAAAUGAACUUUAUGAAUAUUCUUAACAUUCCAAAUGCGGGA